UCCAACCUCCCCACCUUUCCCAUUCAAACAUCUUCUCCUUGUUAUAAUAUCUCAUCAACCUCUCUUUCCGCACGUCAUAAUAAUAUUCCGCAUCGAUCCAACAGAUCCAGUUCAAGAGAGCAUGUCGAAGCCGAACGUGGAAGGAGUGCACAGCGAUGUCAAGGUGGUGGAGAGGCCAACAAGAGUAAAGCCUUACGAUGUGUUGCUCAGAUUUCUUGCCUUCACUCUCACUCUCGUUGCAACCAUCAUUGUCGCUGUUGACAAUCAGACUAAAGUCAUCUCCUAUGCUGAAAUGCAAUUCAAAGCCACUGCUAAGUGGGAAUACAUGUCUGCUAUGGUGUUUUUCGUGGUUUCAAACGCAAUAGCGUGCUCAUACGCGGUUAUUUCUUUGGUGAUGAUGGCGAUGGCGAGAAGCAAUGGAAAAGAAGAUGUAGCAGUGUUGGUGCUAACAGCGCUAGACCUUGUGAUGAUGGCUUUGUUGUUCUCAGCCAAUGGUGCAGCUUCUGCAGUGGGAAUGAUAGCACAGAAGGGUAACUCGCACGUGCAAUGGACGAAAGUGUGCGACGUGUUUGAUGCCUACUGUCGCCACAUUACUGCUGCAUUGGUCCUAUCCAUUAUUGGCUCCACCACCUUUCUCUUGCUUGUGCUGCAUUCUGUUCUCAAACUCCAUUACAGGUCAACUUAGAUCAUAAUAUAUAUUUGUAAUGUUAAUUAACUUUAAGGGCGUUCUUGUGUGAAUGCUGUUUUUGGCUUAGACCUAUUGCAGUGUGUUGCUGGUUGAUGAAGAACGCUACAUAUAUAUAUAAUUAAUUUGUUAUGUUAAGUGAUUAAAUUAUUAAAUGUUGCUCGUUUACUUUACCAGAUGGUAGGUCUAGUCAUUUAAGAGUGAUAACAGUAAAUAAAGCUAUAGGUGUUGUUUGUGAAGUCAUUUCACUUUCGAAGUAGGUAAAUGUAGUAACGCAAGAUCAAUAUAUAUCACCUUCUCCA